AGUGCCGUGUUGCCUCUCUCCAGCUGGUUGUCAUUUCGAUCGGAGGCUCGGUCCUGUGGAGACGGCGACGGCGGCUGAGCCCAAGUGGCGAACCGAUAGAGCAGCCCGGCGCCUCGAGACUUAAUAGGAGCGCCCCUCCUCCCGCCCGAGAAACGAUUGUUUUACAUGAGGGGCAAAGAACGACGCCGGGAGGAGCCGAGGCGGAGGAGAAGGAGCAAACGCAGCAGCAGCCGCAGAAACAACCCCGGAGCUUCGGCAGCGGGAGGCAAGGCAGGACCCCUGGGAGCCGCCAGCACCAUCGCCUCUUCCUUCUUCUCCUCAGGAGCCCGGCUCGAUACCGCCCCUCCCUGCUCUGUCGCCACCAAGCGAUUCUUGUGACCCUCCUCCCUUGAGAAACCGGCUCCCAUGGGGGAGAGAGGAGCCCGGCCCCCCACCAGCGCCGUCCCCUCCCUGGCGGAGACUGUUCCCUUCUUGAGGCAGCCAGGAUUCAUCUGAAGGACACGCAAAUAUCGGAUCAUAUUAGGAGGCGAGCUUGGAAAAGCAGCAACCAGGAACCCACCCUACAGCAGCAGCGGCAAGAAUCCACCCUCCUGCACAACUCAAUCCGUACCCAUACAUACAACACGCACUGAAUGCCAAUGUCUAGAGAUUAAAAAAAGAAAGAAAAUCUUCACCCUUCCUCCCCUCUAUAGAAAAAGGACUUGUCAGAUAGACAUCCGCAUAGAACAUACUAUACAUGUAAUAUAGUACAAGGCAAAGGCAGCAGCCCAGGUUGGGGGAAAAAGGCUUCCUGUACAACUCGUUUCUAUUGAAAUCCUGAGGUAAAAUCUUUCCAUUCUCAGCAGCAAAGACUGUCAGAAUAGAACACAAAUAUAUAUUAGAUUAUAUAGAAUUUAUUAAAUUAUUCCAGAUUUAAAUAUAUUUUUGGAGCUGUGAAGGAGUGUCAUGAUAUCUUUUUUCCAUUAACCCUUACAUGGACAGGUUGAGGCUGUUGAUAAGGAAAAAACAGAAUAGUUAAAAAAGUUAACCCUUAAUUUUGUUCCUAAGAGCUUUCUUUCAUCCCUAUUUCAUUUUUGAACAUUUCCUUGUAGGAAAAGGAAACCUCUUAUUUUUUAACCAAAGAUUUACUUUCUAUUCCUUCUGGCUAAAGGAAGGAAGAAAACACAGACUGACCCAUGUCAAUAUUUUAAGUGAUCUCACUUGUAAGAAACCAGGAAUAAUAUCCAAAUCAGAUAUUUGUGAGUAGAAAAGAAAAGGAUCUGUAAACAAAGUUGUUUUCUAAGGAAGGAAGAAACAUUUUUAAGCUUUGUUUUUUUCUUUCCAGGCGGAAUUCAAAUCCUAUAUAUAAUAAAUGGGGGAUUACGGGUUUGGAGUGUUAGUACAAAACAACACUGGGAAUAAGUCAGCUUUUCCAGUCAGAUUUCAUCCUCAUCUGCAACCUCCACACCAUCAUCAAAAUGCAACCCCCAGCCCUGCUGCUUUUAUAAAUAACACAGCUGCCAAUGGCAGCAAUGCUGGGUCAGCUUGGCUCUUUCCUGCUCCAGCUGCCCAUAACAUACAGGAUGAGAUUCUGGGGUCAGAAAAAUCUAAAACGCAGCAACAGGAAAAGCAAGACUCCCUAGAAAAACAGCAGCUUUCCCCUGGCCAAAGCCAGGAAGCAGGCAUGCUGCCUGAAUCUGAAAAAGGUAAAUCUGAAGAAAACCAGGGGGAUAACUCUUCUGAGAAUGGCAGUAGAAAAGAGAAAAUAAGAAUAGAGUCACCAGUGUUAACAGGAUUUGAUUAUCAAGAAGCUACAGGGCUCGGUACUUCAAGUCAGCCCCUGACAUCUACUGCAUCUUCUCUGACUGGUUUCAGUAACUGGUCAGCAGCUAUAGCUCCUUCUUCUUCAACAAUUAUCAAUGAAGAUGCAAGUUUUUUCCACCAGGGAGGGGUACCUCCUGCUUCAGCUAAUAAUGGUGCUCUGCUGUUUCAGAAUUUUCCACAUCAUGUCAGUCCUGGCUUUGGAGGUAGCUUUUCCCCUCAGAUUGGACCCCUUUCUCAGCACCACCCUCAUCACCCCCAUUUCCAGCAUCAUCACAAUCAGCAUCAACAACAGAGGAGGUCUCCUGCAAGCCCGCAUCCACCUCCAUUUACACAUAGAAAUGCUGCUUUUAAUCAACUGCCUCAUCUUGCUAAUAAUCUUAACAAACCACCUUCUCCAUGGAGCAGCUACCAAAGCCCAUCACCUACACCAUCUUCUUCAUGGAGUCCUGGUGGUGGUGGUGGAUAUGGUGGGUGGGGAGGGUCCCAAGGCCGAGACCAUCGCAGGGGACUGAAUGGAGGAAUAACACCCCUGAACUCCAUCUCACCCCUAAAGAAGAAUUUUCCAAGUAAUCAUAUCCAGUUGCAGAAGUAUGCACGGCCCAGCUCUGCUUUUGCUCCAAAAUCUUGGAUGGAAGACAGUUUGAACAGAACUGACAAUAUCUUUCCUUUUCAGGACCGCACAAGAACUUUUGACAUGCAUUCACUGGAGAAUUCACUAAUUGAUAUAAUGAGAGCUGAAAAUGACUCACUGAAAGCAAGGACAUAUGGGAGAAGGCGAGGUCAGUCCUCACUGUUUCCAAUGGAAGAUGGGUUUCUGGAUGAUGGCCGUGGGGAUCAAACCCUCCAUAGUGGCUUAGGAUCACCACACUGCUUCUCACACCAGAAUGGCGAACGAGUGGAACGAUACUCCCGCAAGGUGUUCGUAGGUGGCUUGCCACCUGACAUUGAUGAAGAUGAGAUCACCGCUAGCUUUCGUCGCUUUGGCCCUCUGAUUGUGGAUUGGCCUCACAAGGCUGAAAGCAAGUCAUAUUUUCCUCCAAAAGGGUAUGCCUUCUUGCUGUUCCAAGAUGAAAGCUCUGUACAAGCUUUGAUUGAUGCAUGUAUUGAAGAAGAUGGAAAACUCUACCUGUGUGUUUCUAGUCCCACAAUUAAAGAUAAACCAGUUCAGAUCCGGCCUUGGAAUCUUAGUGACAGUGACUUUGUGAUGGAUGGCUCACAGCCUCUAGAUCCGCGGAAAACAAUUUUUGUAGGAGGAGUUCCCCGACCCUUACGAGCAGUGGAGCUUGCAAUGAUAAUGGACCGGCUGUAUGGAGGAGUUUGCUAUGCUGGAAUUGACACAGACCCUGAGCUGAAGUACCCCAAAGGAGCUGGGCGUGUUGCAUUUUCUAAUCAACAGAGUUAUAUAGCUGCUAUCAGUGCCCGCUUUGUUCAGCUGCAGCAUGGAGAGAUAGAUAAACGGGUGGAAGUUAAGCCAUAUGUCUUGGAUGAUCAGCUGUGUGAUGAAUGUCAGGGGGCCCGUUGUGGUGGAAAAUUUGCUCCAUUUUUCUGUGCUAACGUUACCUGUCUGCAGUAUUACUGUGAAUAUUGCUGGGCUGCUAUCCAUUCACGCGCUGGCAGGGAAUUCCACAAGCCCCUGGUGAAAGAAGGAGGAGAUCGCCCGAGACAUAUUUCAUUCCGCUGGAACUAAGUGAUUCCUGCAGCGUGUUCAUAUGCAGGCCUCAAAAUAAGUGCACUCUUCGGUUAUCCUGAUUCCCUGGACCUGCCCUCCUCUUCUCUCCUACUCAAGAUCGCAUGUCCUUCUGUUGUAGUCUGUAAUUUAACAAUAGCUUAAUGAAAGAAUGACCUAUAAUCAUAUAGGUAUUUUGUAGAAUCUUGUCGUUAAACUGUAUGGGGAACUCCUUUUCAUAUGGAUAACACAAUGCAUGGAAGUCAGGUUCUCUUACCUUUAUUUACCCAGAGGACACUGCUUUCUUGCAACCUUUUCUUCGAGGAGAGAGAACAAUAUUAAGAGAAGAGAAAUGAAACAAUAGAGUAUUUUGUUUUUUAAUUAAAUUAUUGCUAAUAACAAAAUCAAUAGAAUACUUUUAUUAUAAAAGUAACCAUGAGAUAGGAACACUAUGAAUCUAUUCUGACACUUUGUCCAGCCCUCCCUUACCUGUCCUUGACCCCUUUCCCACCCAAACCUCUGGGAAGCCUGUUUUCUUGCCGCCUAUGAUUUUAUAGCAAUGGAAACAGUUAGCCGUUAACCUCGUAACAGGAAAGAGCAUGUUUAAAGCAACAAAAAUGCAUGAGCAAGGUUUAAAGCAGCAUUAAGUUAAUUUUUAUUUAAGGGUUCCGAAGCUAAAUUUUUAGCACAGUACGUGAGUCUCACCGUGCCUCCGACUUCCCACCACAUUCAAACUUUUACUAAUUGAGUAGGCAAAGCUUCGAUCUGUGUUCUUCAUCCAAGCAAUCACAUUUUAAAAGUUCCCGAAUGUAAAUCUUGGGUCAAGUAACUACUGGGGUGGGGGUGGGUGGGGAGUGCACUUAUUAUUACUUUUUAUUUUUUUUAUUUUUUUUAAAGAAUCUUCAUUAUCAGAAUACAGCCCUAGAAAUCCUACCAAAGCUAAAGUAAUGACAACUAGUGAACAGGCAUGUCCUCUCCUGAAGAACAAAUGUAUAGAUUUUAUUUUUGAUGGUUAUAUAGAGCUCUAUAUCCUAAUUUACUAAUGUUAAUCAGGGGCCAGCUUUUGUUCUCCAUUUUGACAUGAAAUACAAAAUUCUGAAGAUAUACCUCAGUAUUAUUGACCCCACCCCCAAAGUGCUAAUAACCCAGUCUUAGGACAGAAAUAAAAAUUUGGCUGCUUAUUGGACUUACUCUGGGAUGUGAAAUCUGUUGUAAUAAAGCUGUAUCAUAGAAAGCAUAAGAGGAACAAAGUGAAGUUUGUUUCCCGGGAUGUUUUGCACUGUUGGCUGAAUGACUAUUGGCAUGCGUGUUUGCAAAGGAGAAUAUGCUUGUUUUCCAGCAGACAAUAAGUGAGUUAGGGAAUCUUAGUGUAGCAAAUAAAGAAUUACAGGGCUUUGAAGUACCAACUUGCUGAGUAUUGCACAUGGCCUGCUAAGGAUAUGUAAAUAGGAACACAGAAUGUGUUAAAGCUAAGUCACAGGAUGGUGAUAGUUCGAAUUAGUCACUUGAUGCUCUGUAAAUCUGAGAUGAUUGAUAGAAGUGAAUGUGUUCAGCUCUUAAUAGAUGAUCUUGUAGCAGUGUGCAAAACAAACCACUCCACCGGCAAUCUGAACUGGCAUGAUACCACCGUAGACUCUUAAACCAAAGACUUGCCUUAGCACAGCUACAGAAAAACAUCUCUUCUGUAAGUCCCCUCCUUCCCCUCUCCCCAAUUAUCUUUGAGAAGCAGUUUUGAUUUUCAAUACAUAAAACAUACCUUGUUAUUUUCCAAAGGUCAAAAUGGAGACAUUGGCUGUCUACUUGUCAAGUAGAGGAAGGGAGCUGCUUUUAAUGAAAUCCCUGCAAAUAAUUGACAACAGUAAAUGCAAAUGGAGAGUGCUCUUUUGUAGACUGUCAGGGACCUUUUUUCGCCUGAAGUACAUAAUUAUAGUUGGGAAUAUUCCUUUUAAUUUUUUUAAACGCUUGUAGGUGGCUUGGGGUGUCUUAUUGUGCCGAUCCUAUCCAGUGAACAGGUGAGAGAUGGGUUACCAUUACAAGAAAUAACACUGUUUGAGAAGUAGCUUUGAAGAAUAAUUUUUUCCCUUUGUACAUGACCUGCUGAAUUUCGGUACAGUGUUUUUGUAGCUAACUUAUUUUGUCAUGCACAUAAUGUAUAUUUGUUAUGCACUACUUUUGUAUAUCUUGUUUUUCCAACAGUGAGCAUUUUUAGGCACACUUUUCACUGACGGGAUAUCUCUUUAUGCAAUACCUCAAUUUUUCAUAUUGCAAAGAGUAGCUUUUUGUACUUUUAUUACUGAGAGAUCUUCAUAUACUUCAUUUUUUAAUAUAAAUAAUUUUAAUAAAUUUUAUUUUCUUAUAUUCUGCUUUUUAUACAUUUCAGUGCUCUGCAUACAUUUUGAAUUAUGGAUGUUGUGCACUGGCAAUGCUAUUUUAGAAUUUGCAGAGAAAAGAAAGCAUGUUGCUUAAACAUCUUUAGCCCAGCACCAGGUAUUUGGUGUACAUAUAAUUUAAGAAAUACUUAUAUGUAAAGUUGAGACUUAAAAAAGAAAUUUUUAAAAAAGCAUGAAAGUGACAAAUGGGAGAGUUUGUCUUUAGACCCUUGAAAUUUAAUGCAUAAGCAUAGCGUAGAAGUUAAAAAGUAACAUCCCAAAUUGUCUACCGCUUCUUAAUAGGUUUUUAAAAGUAAUACACAAAUGCAGAUGUUUUUGGUGAACGUUUAGCCAUUUUUAAUCUUAACAAAUUGAUGUUAGGUGUUUGCAGAGAUGUCUGCUCUUUUAAAUCAUAUUUAAGGAAAUAAACCCAAGCCUGCCCAGUGGUGGGCAUGUAAUGUUAGUAUGCAUGACUAAUAUUAAGAAGAAAUGUUAUUCUACUAAUAUUCACUUGUGGUGAUUGUGUGAAAAGCGUGUUUACAGAUUAUUUGGUUACACUUCAAUUUACAAGGCAUAAAUGAUUAUCUAUAUUACUCUGUACUCCGAGUAGUGCUAAUAUAAUCUGUCCUUCGGAAUUCGUGGGAGGUGGAGUUGCCAGGUCACUCCAAGCAUAACUAAUGUCAUUAGGUUAAAAAUCUUAGGGUGUCACUUUAGUUAAGGGGUUAAACAAGCAUGCCAUUUUCUCUUACAAGCAUGGCACUGGCCAUGUAUUUACAAUGUAGUUGCAGAGUAAUUACAUGGUUAUUUUUGCAGUGUAAAAUAAAGUGUUUCUGAUUAUUUUAUAUGUAAAGGAACCCCCACUGCCCCGUGCUUUUUUGGUAUAUAGUAUCUACUUCUCCAUACACAGACCUCUGCAGAAAGCAAAUCUAAAACUUGCAGUGAAUGACUUUAGUGUUUUAUAAGGAUGCUGUUGGAAAGACUUGAUAAUUCACCCCUUUUUUGUUUCUUGAAGAGUUAAAGCCUUCUGUUUUAAAAGGUGAUUUAGAACUUGAAUGUGAUGAAUUGUGGCAAGUUAACUUCAAGUUAUGUGCAAUACUUAUUUCAGACUUCUGGAAGAUCUUUGCAGUGUAAUUCUUUGUUUUUAAUUGCAGACAUUUAAAAAUGUCAUUUUCUACUGUUCUAGUAAAUCCUCUUUCUUGCUGGUGUUUCUAAAGAAAAGAAUCAGAAAUCAAUCUUUCUACUAAUGUAAAUUUGAGAUUAUUUUUUAAAAAAAGGAAUAAAAGAGGUUUUGGUCAUUUGCUUUAUUUUAUUAUCUUAUUUUAAAGCUACUGUGAUUGAUAGCAUUGUAAGAAUUGGGACAAUAUUGUAUUCAACUGUUUUAUUUUUUAUAUUUUUAAAAUUUAAAGUAUAAUUAGUUUUUAUAAUUUUCAUCAGAUUCUUUUGUUAUAUUUUUUGGAAGUGAAACUUUUAGCAAGUGGGUGUCUAGUUUUUACUAAUCCCUAAUAUGUUUCCCCCCAAUGUAAUGCUCAUAUUAUCAGAAGGAAAAGUUAUUUAAGUAUGUCAGUUACUUGUACUACUUGGCUGAAUUUCCAUAUAGUUUUUACUGUGUAUGGGGAGGUUGUAGUAUUUAUUAUAGCAUUUUAAAUAAGGGUAAUUCAUUUUUUAUUAAAGUCAUUUUCACAUUUUAAGUUCAUAUUUUUGUAUGUUCUACUCUAAGUUAUAACACAAGUUUCUUUUUUAAGAGAGUUCAUUUGUUGAAGUGCUAGUGGAAAAUUAAUGUUAUUAAAUAGUUUGCAAAUGACUAUUUAUACCAGUAUGCAUAUAAUUUUUAAAUAUUUGUAAUGUGAGAUGUUGAAUGAAUAAAACUUUUAACUCAA